AUGGGAUUUAGUAAUAGAGCAUUAGAACUGAUAGCGGAAGUGGAUGAUGAAGGUCUAACUGCAAUCACAGAUUCAUGUCAUAAAUUAGAAUGUCUAAAUAUUUCUAAUCGCACAGAGUUUUCUAAAAUAUUAAUUUGGUGUUUUAAAAUUAGUAAAGAAGCUGUAGAUCAGGUCAUUUCACUUAAUCCCAAUAUUAAUAUCGUGAAUUUCAUGGAUACUAUAAUGCCUCCUGACCUCAUUGGAGUGGUUAUAAAUUAUCUUACACAGAAUAACGUUGCUAGUAGACAGAUUUUAGCUCAGAGCCUUUUAGAUUUAAAAGACUUAGAACUUGAUGAUAACUUUUUUACAAAGCUUCGUGAUGAAAAUAUCACUGGUGAUGUAUUUCUCAGGCUAAUAGGUUGGGAUUUAAAGGAAUAUGGAAUGACAUUAAGACAGGCAUUAAAACUUGAGGACUACAUUAAGGGACUAUAUAACCGAGAAGGAGCAUUAGGAGUUUAUUUUGUGAAAAAGAUCGGUUCGAAAUCUAGUGACCUCCUAAAAUGA